UUAUUUACGCGGCUAUAGCCUACACUGAUUAUUGGACAGACUGCAUGAUGAAGGACUACAAUGUAUGUUUACAUAAUGCAGUUUUCUGGGCUGUAUUUGUCAUCGGAUUUGUGCACCCUAGUAAUGGUGAUUUAAGCUACUCCGUUGCAGAAGAAAUGAAGAAAGGGACAGUGGUUGGAAACGUAGCAAAGGAUCUUGGUAUCAGUGUUCGAGGACUAUCGGAUCGCAAGGCUCGGAUAGACACGGAGAGUAACGAUAAGCGUUUUUGUAAUCUGCAGGAUGGAGAACUGGUUAUACUAGAGAGAAUAGACCGCGAGGAGCUAUGCGGGUCACAACCAUCAUGCUCGUUAAGCUAUGAAUUGGUUUUGGAGAACCCGUUGGAAUUGCAUCGGAUUUUUAUACAGGUUGAGGAUAUAAACGACAAUCCACCUCGUUUUCCGAACAGUGAAAUCAAACUGGAAAUUGGUGAAUCGGCUGAUAAAGGCGCACGUUUCCCUUUGGAUGAGGCGCACGACUCGGAUAUGGGCCUAAACGGAAUUCAGAGCUAUUCCUUGGAUAAGAACGACCAUUUUUCUUUAUCCGUGCACUCUAAUACAGAUGGAGGAAAAUAUAGUGAAUUAAUUUUAGAUAAAGAGCUCGAUCGUGAAAAGCAGAGCGAGGUAACGUUAGUGCUUACUGCUACUGAUGGGGGCACUCCUCAAAGAUCCGGCACUACUCUCAUUCAUGUUAUCGUCCUUGACGCAAACGAUAAUUUACCAGUAUUCAGUCAACCUGCAUACGUUGUCAGUCUAUCUGAAAAUUCUCCUCUAGGCACUGCAGUUGUGACUGUGCUUGCCACAGACGCAGAUGAAGGAGCAAAUGGGGAGGUCACUUAUGAAUUUAGCCGCAUAUCUGACAAAGCUUCUAAACUCUUCUCUAUUGAUAAAGUGACCGGAGAAAUCAAAGUGGUGGGCCAAAUAGACUAUGAGGAAAAGCAUAAAUAUGAAUUAAGAGUUCAGGCAAAAGAUGGAGCAGGGUUGGCUUCUCAGGCUAAAAUUAACAUAGAUAUUUUAGAUGUUAAUGACAAUGCACCUGUGAUAAACAUCAAAUCACUUAAUGUGCCAAUCCCUGAAAAUGUUGCCCCAGGAACAGAAGUAGGAAUUAUUAAUGUUCAGGAUAAAGAUACAGAGGGAAACAGACAGGUUCGCUGUUCCAUUCAACAGAAUGUCCCUUUUAAAUUAAAUCCGUCAAUUAAAAACUACUACACACUUGUCACAACUUCUGAACUGGACCGUGAACUUGUAGGUGAUUAUAAUGUGACAAUCACAGCUACUGAUGAAGGCUCACCACCAUUGUAUUCCUCCAAGACUAUUCAUCUCGCUGUAUCUGAUGUAAAUGAUAAUCCCCCUGCAUUUGAACAUCAGUCCUAUAGUGCAUAUGUGACUGAGAAUAACAAGCCUGGCUCCUCUGUCUGUUCUGUUACUGCGAGAGACCCAGACUGGAGACAGAAUGGCACAGUGUUCUACUCUCUGUUGCCCACUGAGGUCAAUGGUGUUCCGGUCUCCUCAUAUGUAUCCAUUAAUGGAGACACAGGGGUGAUCCAUGCUGUGAGGGCCUUUGACUAUGAGCAGUUCAGAAGCUUCAAAGUUCAGGUUGUAGCCAGAGACAAUGGUUCUCCUCCACUCAGCAGCAACGUGACUGUGAGUGUGUUCAUAACAGAUGAGAAUGAUAACUCUCCUCAGAUAUUGUACCCUACUCCAGAAGGAAACUCCUUCAUGACUGAGAUGGUUCCUAAAGCUGCUCUUUCUGGCUCGCUGGUCUCCAAAGUGAUCGCUGUUGAUGCUGACUCUGGACAGAACGCGUGGCUGUUGUAUCAGAUCGUGAAGUCGACUGAUCCGGGACUUUUCACUAUUGGUCUCCACAGUGGAGAGAUCAGGGCUCAGAGGGACAUUUCUGAAUCUGACAGCAUGAAGCAGAACCUUGUGAUCUCAGUGAAAGAUAACGGACAGCCCUCUCUCUCUACAACCUGUGCCGUAUAUUUACUCAUCUCUGAUAACCUGGCUGAAGUUCCUGAACUGAAAGACAUGUCUUAUGAGGAGAGCAAUUCUAAACUCACAUCUUAUCUGAUCAUUGCUCUGGUGUCUGUUUCCACAUUUUUCCUCACUUUCAUAAUUCUCAUUGUGGCCAUAAGGAUUUGCCACAGGAGAAAGCCCAGACUGUUGUUUGAUGGAGCAGUAGCCAUUCCCAGUGCAUAUUUACCUCCCAACUAUGCAGAUGUUGAUGGAACUGGAACUCUACGCAGUGCUUACAACUAUGACGCCUAUAUGACCACAGGGUCACGUACCAGUGACUUCAAGUUUGUUACGUCCUACAAUGACAACACUCUGCCUUCUGGCACCACUCUGAAGAGGAGUCCAGGAGACAACAGUGACUGUCUCAACUUCACUUCACUUGACUUCACUGAGAAUGGGUCAAAAUUCUCCACUCUGCAGUCCUACAGCGCAUACGUAGCUGAGAAUAACAAGCCUGACUCCUCUGUCGGUUCUGUUACUGCGAGAGACCCAGACUGGAGACAGAAUGGCACAGUGUUCUACUCUCUGUUGCCCAGUGAAGUCAAUGGUGUUCCGGUCUCCUCAUAUGUAUCCAUUAAUGGAGACACAGGGGUGAUCCAUGCUGUGAGGGCCUUUGACUAUGAGCAGUUCAGAAGCUUCAAAGUUCAGGUUGUAGCCAGAGACAAUGGUUCUCCUCCACUCAGCAGCAACGUGACUGUGAGUGUGUUCAUAACAGAUGAGAAUGAUAACUCUCCUCAGAUAUUGUACCCUACUCCAGAAGGAAACUCCUUCAUGACUGAGAUGGUUCCUAAAGCUGCUCUUUCUGGCUCGCUGGUCUCCAAAGUGAUUGCUGUUGAUGCUGACUCUGGACAGAACGCGUGGCUGUCGUAUCAGAUCGUGAAGUCGACUGAUCCGGGACUUUUCACUAUUGGUCUCCACAGUGGAGAGAUCAGGGCUCAGAGGGACAUUUCUGAAUCUGACAGCAUGAAGCAGAACCUUGUGAUCUCAGUGAAAGAUAACGGACAGCCCUCUCUCUCUACAACCUGUGCCGUAUAUUUACUCAUCUCUGAUAACUUGGCUGAAGUUCCUGAACUGAAAGACAUGUCUUAUGAGGAGAGCAACUCUAAACUCACAUCUUAUCUGAUCAUUGCUCUGGUGUCUGUUUCCACGUUUUUCAUCACUUUUAUAAUUCUCAUUGUGGCCAUACGGAUUUGCCACAGGAGAAAGCCCAGACUGUUGUUUGAUGGAGCAGUAGCCAUUCCCAGUGCAUAUUUACCUCCCAACUACACAGAUGUUGAUGGAACUGGAACUCUGCGUAGUGCUUACAACUAUGACGCCUAUAUGACCACAGGGUCACGUACCAGUGACUUCAAGUUUGUUACGUCCUACAAUGACAACACUCUGCCUUCUGGCACCACUCUGAAGAGGAGUCCAGGAGACAACAGUGACUGUCUCAACUUCACCUCACUUGACUUCUCUGAGAAUGCAUCUAAAUGCUCCACUCUGGUAAAUAAUUGA